GCCAUAUUUGCAUUGACAUACUCUAGCGUGGUAGUAGACCUUUAUGCACCUUUGAACCUGGUUGACUCAGAUUCUUUUGAUCUGAUUGACGGUUGCUAUGGCGGUUGCCAAGGACUCUGUUGAACCGUGGAAACAUAUCAGCCAAGGAAAUCUCAGUGGAAUUAAAAGCUUUCAACGUGGAGUAACUAUGCCAUCAGAACAUGCAAGGCUUCUUCGGAGGCCUUUGCCUCCUAAAAAGAUUCCCCCCAUUGUGAAACCACUUCUUCCGCCUAUACUUUCAGACUCAUUGCCAUCAACAGAGAGAAAGGCUCUGAAGGACAGUGCCACAGAGGGGAGUGAGUCGCGCUGCCACGCACUUCCUCUUUGGGAUUAUGACCCUGCAGCCUUCAGAGUGGCCCCCACUCCCCUGACCUCAGUCCCAUCGAUGCUGAUGCCUAAAAUAAUCAAGGGCUUCUCCUGUAAACCCCCAUUCACCCUCCCUAAAAUCCCCCUCCUCGACCGCCUCAAGACAGACCCCAGAUGCAUCCCUUCUCACCCUACCUUUAGCUUCAAUGACUUCCUGCGAGACCCUAAUGGCAGCAGUGGGCCCCAGUCGCUGGAGGGCCUGAAGAAAGUGGCUCUGUCUCACUGCAACUACAGGAAGCUGGUUGGGUUCUUCCUAAUGGAGCUGCACAAAGGGCAGCAGGCUGAGGUGUCCAAGCAGCUGAUGUCCACUGAGAAAGUGCCAGAGGCCAAGACCAGGAUCCCACAGAGGCAGAUCAAAUGCUCAGAUGAUAUGUCGGCGGAGCUGUCUGGGAGAUGGGACUUGCAGGUCUGAUCAGAAGUCUGGAGAUCUGGGUACCACCAGGGGAAAGAUAAUCUGUUCAGAAGCAGGCAAACGUAUACCCAGGCAAGAACAUGUUUGCCUUCUCACUUACUAUACCAUAACCAACACUACAUAACCAACCCUCUUAAAACACACCUUUUUAGCUUUGCUUUUCCUUAGGGUGCUUUUUAGUCGUUCAGUUUUGAUUUGUUAUUCU